UGUGAUUUGUAUGUGAGUUACGAUGACGAUGAUGCAGUGUUAUUGUUGGCGAUACUCGAUUUUAUUUCUUGUUCUGAUCAUCGACUUCAUACCGCCAAUUUGGAUGUCUCUUUGAAGAAGCAUAAAAUUCGGUGUUUCGCGACCUCGCCAAAACUUCAGUUAACAUUACAGUCGAAAGAACAACGUGGAGAGCAAUGUUCAACGUUGGCAUCAGCACACGAAGAUCACAUACCGAUUGAGUUGAAGCUGCGAUCGGGCAAAAUUCGUGGCACCGAGUCGAUAUUUUUGCAUAGGCGAGUACGCGCCUUCUUGGGCGUUCCGUUCGCCGAACCGCCGAUAGGUCGGCAACGAUUCCGAGCGCCCACACCGAAACAGCCCUGGAAUGGUACCGUAAAUGCGACACGUCUCGCACCUGCUUGCUAUCAGGGUCGUGAUACCUACAAUGUGACAUUUUGGGGAUCGGAGAUGUGGAAUGCGAACACCGAGAAUACGGAGGAUUGUCUCUAUUUGAACAUUUGGGCACCUGCCGAAGCACAGUAUGUUCGUUGCUAUUUAUUCACUGAGUUAGCGCAAACUAAUGCUAUGUGA